GGGCAGGGCUGGGUCCAUCUGGGCCGGGCUCUUCAGGGUUGUGUUGGGCUGAGCCCUCCUGGGCUGAGCCCUCCUGGGCAGGGCCGGGCUGGGCUGGGUUGGGCUGGGCUCGCCGAGGCGGGGGCCGAGCCGCGGGCGCCCAAUCAGCGCGGCGCGGGGGCUCGGGCGCUUUAAGCGCGGCGGCGGAGGAGCAGGGACAAAGUCCCCCCCGGCUCCGCGACCAGCAUCCCCGCUCGACCGAUCGAUCGCCCCGGCUGCUGCCGCGCUUCCCCGUUUUGGGGCAGGGACCGGGGCCGGGACCGGCACCAGCACUGGAACUGGGCCCGGGUCCGGCGGGUGGCUUUCCCCUGCCCCUCUGCCGCCGCGCUCCCGCGGGGUGUCCACUGCCGCCGUCUUCUCCUCUUGCCGCCGCCGCUGCCGUUGCGCUCGGCCAUGUCGAUGCUGCCGUCGUUUGGCUUCACGCAGGAGCAGGUCGCCUGCGUCUGCGAGGUGCUGCAGCAAGGGGGGAACCUGGAGAGGUUGGGCCGGUUCCUCUGGUCGCUGCCGGCCUGCGACCACCUGCACAAGAACGAGAGCGUCCUUAAGGCCAAGGCCGUGGUGGCCUUUCACCGCGGCAACUUCCGCGAGCUCUACAAGAUCCUGGAGAGCCACCAGUUCUCCCCCCACAACCACCCCAAGCUGCAGCAACUCUGGCUGAAGGCUCACUACGUAGAAGCCGAAAAACUAAGGGGCAGACCUUUGGGCGCCGUCGGCAAAUACCGCGUCCGCCGAAAAUUCCCUUUGCCCCGCACCAUCUGGGACGGCGAGGAAACCAGUUACUGCUUCAAGGAGAAAUCCCGGGGCGUGCUACGGGAAUGGUACGCCCACAACCCCUACCCGUCCCCCCGGGAGAAGCGGGAGCUGGCGGAAGCCACGGGGCUCACCACCACCCAGGUCAGCAACUGGUUCAAGAACCGGAGGCAGAGAGACCGAGCGGCGGAGGCGAAGGAAAGGGAGAACACGGAAAACAACAACGCUGCUACCAACAAACCGAACCAACUCUCGCCUCUGGAUGGGAGCAAACCCCUCAUGUCCAGCUCUGAGGAAGAAUUUUCUCCUCCUCAAAGCCCGGAUCAGAACUCGGUCCUGCUCUUGCAGGGAAACCUCAGCCAUGCCAGGAGCUCCGGCUAUUCUCUGAGCGGUUUAGCGACAUCCCAGACCCCUCACAGCCUCCAAGGCCACCAGCUCCAGGACUCGCUGCUGGGACCCCUCACGUCCAGCCUGGUGGAUUUGGGAUCCUAAAGGCCCGCAGCGGCCGGCUGAAGGAUCGGGAGAGGAGGUUCUGCUUGGGGACAGAGGCUCUGGGUUGUAUAUAGAGGACAGCACCCGGGUUUACAGCUCGUCCCGCUGACUCUUGAUGGAACUCUCGGCUCCUUUGACACAACCCCCCCCAUCGGCUACUGGUCCACUUCCCCCUCUCUCAGCGCCUCCUACUAUCACCAUGAUUUUUAUUAUAUUUUUUUUCCACGUAGCCAAACGCAGAGAGCAGCAGAAACCCACAACCCCUCGACUUCAAACGAGCUGGUCCCAAAGGGAAUUACAAAAGAAUUAAAAAAAUAUAUAAGGGGC